UGUUGUGAAAUAACCUGAUUUGGGUUGGGUUUAGGGUUAGACUGCAUGCUAAAGUAAAUGACCAUUAUAUGCACUGGGGCCUAUAGUAUUUAUUGGCAGUAAGCCACAGCAUACAUAGGUCAGAAUUGGGCCCCUAGAUCCUUGAGGCCUCCAGGUAACUACCCAGUGUGCCCAUGCCUAAGAUGGCACUACAUGCAAUUAAAAUAUUUGGUGGAGCCAUCUUCUGUCACUGCAGCGCCACACUAGAUAGUAUUUCUGCAACUCUCAGUCAUGGCUAUUUGACAGCGGACUUUCGGAAUAGCUGUCCAACCUGAUUAUUUCUACGACAAAAAUAUGAAUUAUCUUCAACACUGAACUGGCUUUUUUUCUCCCUUUUGGAUUACUGAAUGCACUCAUGAAAUUUCCAUUAUCUGAUAGCCUUCAUGCAAAAAAGGGAAGUUUCCUUUUGGAUCCCAUGAAGACGAAAAAUUUCUAUCUUGUAAUUCUUUUUGCCGCUUCUACUAUAGUGGCCAUUUGGCUGCUGAGUAACCCAACACCUAAUUUUCAAACCAUCGUUAAAGAAACAAACAAACACAUCAACAGCAUCAAGAAUUUACCUUCAAGCAUCAAACAUGCAAAAGAGUUGGAUGAUGUUGAUCCUGAGUAUUUAGAGUUACUUGGCUUUCGAGAUGGCAGCAGUAGUCGACGAGAAGAUGAUGAACGAUUUCCUAGCAAGGAGAAUGUUAAUUUACCUGUCAUUGCUAGCGGUGUUGAGCCUGGUCAAUAUAAACAAGUCAUAGACUUGCUGGAGUCAGUACAUCGUUAUUUACCUCAUAGUCUAUUGAUUUUAUAUGACCUGGAUAUAGAUUCUUCAGAAAAUGUCAUGCUAAAGAAACACUGUAACAACACCAAAUCGUGUAUUCUGACUCCUUUUGACUUCAAGCGUUACCCCUCACAUUUAAAAGAUUUGUCUACUAAAAGUUAUCGACCGCUCUGUAUUCAGGAAAUACUGAAUCGCUAUGGUGGAGUUAUUUGGGCUGACAGCUCAGAGCAUUUCAUAACUAACAAGAUGAACCAGAGUGUGACGCAGGCCCGAACUAUAGGUCUUGUUGCUUGGACUAUCAAAGAACCAACAUCGUCAUUAACUCACCCUAAAAUGUUUCAGUAUUUUAAAACAAAGCCAGAAAAUUAUUAUUUCCAUCGAGCAGUCGAGUCAUCUCAUCUAAUUGUAUUCAACCUGGAUCGCAUCCACCAUCAAUUGAUGUUACCAUGGGUACGGUGUGCACUGACACAAGAGUGUAUUAGUCCGACAGGGGCUCAGAAUGUUGGUUGCAAUUAUCAGCGUAAACCUUUGUUCCGUUAUUCAGGUUGUCAUCGUUAUGACAUGUCUGCUUUGAAUGUUAUCCUCGGACUUUUGUUUAACUUUAACACAAAACAUUACACUGCCCGACAACAAGUUUUUGGUGUGUUGAAUAAAGAGAGAAUAUCAGGAAAAAAUUUGACUGCACCAUUAUAUAUUUCCAAACUGAGAUAUUUGUAAUGCUUGUUGUUAAGAUAUGGAGAGUUGAAAGGAAAUGUAAAGUAAAAAGCAACAUGGAAAAUCUGUAAUGACAUAUCUUUAGCAAUGUGGUAAAAUAUUGUGUGAAGGUGUGGCAAAAAAAAAGAUGUCUCUUUUAUUCAGGUAAACUGGGUAUCACCAGUGGUUCACUUCUGUCCCACUUGGUUCAUAUGUUUGUUUUAUCAAGGGUAAGAAGACAUGUGUUGAAUGUAUUCCUUCAGCCAUGCUGACUUCUUGAGGCAGUUUGAAAGCAUUGUUUUGCCCUGUCAUCUAACUCACAUUGGGGACGAUAUUGAUGAUGGUUUCUGCUAACAACUUCUCCUUUAUUUCUUUUAUUAUAUUUUUCACUGUCUAUUUGCUGCUGUCAUUCUGUGAGAUUGCAGCUAUAAAUAUUAAUUAUUAAUUUAUUUAUAUUAAUAGCAGCUAUCACUCCAACUCAAGGUGACAGUGCAGACGAGAAGCUUUCACUUAUUUAAAUGAAAACCUCUACUGUAUCACUUUAAUGUUCCAAAGGAAGAAAGAUCCCCCUUUAUUUACAAUUCAUAGCCCGACGUAAUCUUUUUUUUCUGUAAGAGUAAGAAACUGAAAAAAAAAAAAUCCUAUAAAUUGAUUGGCUUGAAUUGGUUUUAUUUUAAAGAUGAAUCUUUUUGUUUGUUUCAUGUUUUCAUAUUUUUUAUUUAUAUAUUUAAUUAUUUUAACAUUUGGCGUUUGCUCUGUUAAAUAUAAAGUUUUAGUUUCUAAUUUAUUUACUGAAUGCUUAUUAAAGUUGCCUUUUUUUUUUCAUUUUUUUGAGUCUUUGAGAGAUUAAAAAAAAUUAAUAUAACUAAUUGGGUUUUAUUAAAACUAAGAGUUUUAAACUGAAUAACUGGUUAUUAAAGUUUGAGAUGUGGCAGAACCAUACUCUAUAAAGAGGCAUGAUAAAACUACAAUGCUUUUUGUUGGAGGGGAUGAUUUUAAGAGUGCACAUUGUGUUAUGACAAUACUCUGAUUUUCUCAAAUAUUUGAGAAGGGAGAAUGGCUGUGAAAUAUUAAAAAGAAAAAAAUUUGAAAAAGAUGAUGGAAAAUGAAUAUUUUUUUGUUUUGUAUAUUUACUUUUUUGUUUUGCUGUAAAAUAUUUCUUUCAUUGAUAAAAUGUUGAAGUCAAGUUAUUAUCACACAAUAAACACAAAAUUGAAUCUGUUAUCUUUCACUGAUUUUAAAUCAUAUGUAAUAGUUAACAUAUACAUCUAGUAGAUAACUAAAAUAGUACAGUAAAGCUUUUCGUUUUUUUAAAUUUUUACUGAACACUUAGUGUUAAGAUAUUUUGUCAGAGAAACACAAACAUGUAUUUAUGUAAUCACACACACACACACUAGAAUAUAUAUUAAUGAACGGGUUAAAAUAAAGAACCCAUUGAAAUAGUGUUAAAUUAGUCUGUGAAUUAUAUUUAAUCUAUAUUAAUCUAGGCUAAUGAAAUUACUGAAGUGAAUGAUGUUUAAUCUAUAGUAAUGAAAUCAUGUUGAUGCAUCCAUAAUUUCAUUAUAACGAUAACUAAUGUACUAUUUGUCUUACAAAUCAAUUAUCUUCAGUUUUUAACUUCUGAAAUAUCUACUUAUAAAUCUAUUGGAAUGAUAAAACUGUUAUCAAGUAACAUAAGAAGUAUUGUUAGAAAUACAAAUUUAUAAACAUAUUUAGCCCUGCUAAGUUGUAUAAAAAUUUCUUCUCAAACUCAUCCCAAUAAAAUUUCUCAAAGCUUUCAGUUUAAAGUUCAUUGAAAAAAAAAAAAGUCAAAAAUAAUAAGAUGAAAUGAUUUGUUAAUUCACCAAAAAUUAUAAAAGUAAAAAUAAAUCAAAGUAAUAGAAAAAAUGUUUUGAAAUGUUGACUUUGGCUUUUAGUUGGAACAUUUAAAUUUGAUCAUUUUACUUGAGUUGAGCCAAUGUAAUUCUUGUUCCUUUGUUUCUCUGACGGGAUAAUGUUUUUCUGAAUUUUGAACAAAAAUAUUGUAAAAUCUUGUUGUUCUUGCUAUUUAUGAUUUUUGAUCUGAAAACACGAAGAAAAACAUGAUCAUAUUCCUGAAACAGAACCAAUAGGUUUAAUCAUAAAUUGCCCCUCAUUUUUAUUCUUCAUCUAUGUACAAAGCUAAAAUUUCAGUAUCAUUGGAAUUAGUCAUCAAUGUUUAAUCUACAUGGCAUUUUAAUAACCUGAGAAUAAAAGAAUUCAGUACAGUCCUUGUUUGGUUGCUUUGGUUCAAAUUUCUAGUCUUUAAAGACUUUAUUUGAAAAACAACAAAACACCAUUCUGUAUACUGCUGCUUAAAUUCUCUUAUUAAAACCUCAGCAUAUUUUUGCUAUUGUAUCCCGUCCAUUUUGCUAUUAUAUCAACACUAUACUUUAGUAGAGGUUUCUUAUAAUAGCUAUCUAUUGUAAAUGAUGAAUUUGAGGAGAAUUUGAUAUCAAAUAGUAUUGGAUAAUAUAGUAUAGAUAGUUAAUAUAAUAGCAAUAGAGAGACUGCUAAAUACAAGCAGUUAUAAUUAAUGUGCAAAGUUGAUAAAUCAUCGACUCAGAACUGUUGAAAACAACCGCUUGGUGAAACAAGCUCUUAUUUUAUGCCAUGGAUGUCACACAGCCUAGUAGUUUCUUCUCCAUUCAUUUUCAUAUUUUAAUAAAAUAAUCCUAAAAUUUUGACCUCUUAAUGUAUAUAUUGUAUAUUAUUUAUAUAUAAUAUAUAUAUAUUAUUUGGGUUCCUCCCUCAUCCUAUAGAUAAUGUUUCUUUAUAUUUUAGUUUUAAAUAAAAGUCAUCCUGUAUAUUGCAUAUGUGCAUAUCACUUCAUAAGUCUGAGCAGUUUUCUUCCAAACUAAGCAUUAGAGGCAUUGGCAUAUCCUAAUAACAAGGUGUCUGACUCCGGAGCAGAUUAAACUACAAGUAAUCAACAGUUUAAUUUUCCAUGUAUCUCUGAUUUUGAUUUCUGGGUUGAUGUAUAAAUACAACUUCCAGUAUUUAUGAUGUAGAUUCCUUGCUUCAGGCUGACACUUAGGUAAGGCCUCAUACUUGCAAGUUUAUCCUGCCUCAUGAAUUGAAUUUGUAUAAAAAAAAAUUUUUAAAUUUUAACUGAAAUAUUAUAUAUCAUUUAUUUGUGUAUAAACAGUAUUUUAGUGAGCAAAUUUACUAUAUAUAUAUAGUUUUCUUAUAUAUAGAAAGAUAAUUUUGUUUUAAAGUGUGCAUACAAUAUAUAUAUAUAAUGUAUGUAUACAGUUAAACCAAAGGUUACAUUUAGAAAUUUCUUGUCAACAAAUGCCAUAUGGAAUGUGAUCAUGAAUCUUAGAACGGAUAAAAUCAAAUGUAAAACCUGGAAAAUUGAAGUUCUAAAUGCAUUGUUGCUUUACACACAGUUGCACAUGAUGUAAUUAGUAUUUAUAUAUAUAUUUUUUUUUACUUUUCAAGUGUUCUGUUAAUAUAAUUUGGUUUGGAAUAGAAUGUCUUGCUUCCUCUCUUUACAUAUAUAUCUGCACACACACACACACAGAAUUACCUAAAUAGUAUAUCUUCCAAUUGUCUACAAUUCUGAAGAAGCACAUUAUAAAUUAAAUACUUAUAUAACAAGAAAAAAGGAGGAAAUUUUAGUUCCCCUGCAGUAAUUUUAACUUUUUUCGUUUUUUUAAUUUUUUUUUUUUAACUUUAAUGGAAAAUACGAUGUAAAAUGACUUUUAUUGAUUUUGUUUUUCUGUUGAGAGAGUAAAGUUCAGGUUUUGAAAAUUAGUCUGAAUCUUAUAGUAUAUUUCUUUUAAUUAUUUUUACACAGGCAAUGUGUGAAGUUAAAACUAGUAGAUAUAUUUUCUGAUGGAGGAAAUUUCCCUUUGUAGAUUUCCAUCCCUCUUCUCAUUGUUUACUAAUUUUUGUAUUUUUGUACAAAAAUUUAAUAUAAAAGAAAUUCUAUCAUUAAUUUAUAUUUAUUGAUUUAAUUUUUUGUUUGUUUUUGAAGUUUGCUUGAAUUAAGAAAAAGAGAAAUAUAGUUUAUUUUCCCAAUUAAGAGCAAAAAUUACAUUGAAGUUUCAGGGCUUGUUUCUUUCUGUACUAUGGUGUUGCAUAAAGAAUUUGUAAAGGAAAAUCUUAUCAAUGCUCACCUUUGUGAAAUAAUUUUAGGGUUUAAGCCAUUUCUUUAAAACUUUGCCAAAUUGUUCAUUUUGGAAAGAAAAAAAAAUAUUGUUUAAUGUCUUGUCUUUGAACUCUUGCUUUUAGUAAGUGAACAAAAUAUAUUUAUUUUAAACAUAAUUAUGAUUUUAAUUGUCGAAAUAAAAAUUCACUGGCUGAAUUAAAUAUUA